AUGGCUUCAAUUAUCAACCAAUUUUUGUUGUUAUUUCUCUGGAUUGUCAUUGUUCCCAUUUUUGCAUUUCCCAUCAUUACGACAAAAGAAAAUGGUGUACAGCAAAUUAGUUUACAUCCCAAAACAACUGUGCGCAUUUACAAUCAUCUAGGAGGUUAUGAUUUUGAUGUUCAUUGCAAAUCCAAAAAUGACGAUUUAGGGAAUCAAUUGGUUCACGAUAAUGAAUACUAUCAGUGGGAUUUCCAUCCUAAUAUUUGGGGUUCAACGUUAUUCUAUUGUCAUAUAUCAUGGACUAAUGGUGAAGGAACAUAUGAUAUCUACAAACAAAAAAGGGAUUUUUCUAAAAGGUGUAAACAAUAUUGUGACUGGUAUGUUACUAAAGAUGGUAUACAAGGGUUCAAACAAGUAUUGGAUCGAAAUGAGACACAGCAUGAUUCGGAGCAAGACACAUUUCUUAACUGGGAAUCACGACCAUAA